AUGACUGUACUGCCACUUAAGACUGACAGCUGUACUAGAAAACACCCUUUUAUUCAACCAGGCAAGGUCCUAAGUCCUGGAGCUCCGGGGCGCUCAGGGCUCUGCGCUCUCUGCACCCCAGUUCUCCCCUCCUCCCGCCCUCGGGACUCUGCGGGAGUCGGUGUAGGGCGCGGGGAAGCCCAGGCUGCCUGCACUCUGGCGUCCUUCGCCUCCCCGGGAUGUCAACGCAGGACACGGGGUCGCCGCCGGCCCCCUCUCCACAAGCCCGGCCACGCGAGCACCGGGGCCCCGCGAAGGCUUUCCGGCUGCGCUGGGCCUAGUCGCCCCCACGGGCCUCCAGCCUCUCGGGGGGCGCGGGAAGAAGGCGGAGGCCCGAGAGCGCCGGUGGAGGCGGCGCCAGGGGGCCGGUUGCUGUGGUGCGAGCGCUGCCUCCAGGCCCCUACCGGCAGCGGGAGCAAGGGUCGCGCCCGGGACAGCGUCGCGCCGCACUCACCCUGGGCAGCGGCCGCCGCCGCUUCACCAUGGCCGGGGCAGUCGUCCCUGGCCGAAAGAAUCCUCCUCCUCCUCGUCCUCCUCUUCCUCCUCGUCCUCCUCUCCUGCGGAGGGCACCGCUGCGACGCCUCGCACUCCCCAAGAGGCAGCGGUCGCUGCGGCAGCGGCGGCUCUCGAGGCCCAGCGUCCGCCCGAGCCGCUGCAGCCACGCGGGCCCGGGAAAGCGCCGCCGAGCCGGCUCGGGGGUGCAGGCUGCGGCGGGACGACCGAGGUGCUGCGGGCGCGGAUCCUCGGCGGAGCCUCCAGCGUCGCGGUGGCCCCUCCAGCCACCCGCGCCACUGGGCCACAGCGCCCCCUGGACCCCACGUCCAGCUACGGCGCGGGGACUGCGGCGGCAGAGCCGGGCACGAGCGGCAGGGAACGCGAAGGAGCGCGGCCUGGGGGUGGCGGGGGCCCGCGCGUCCUGCACCGCCCGCGGGCGGAGGCCCGCCCCUGACGACGCUUCCCGGGAGCCGGAAGCCCGCGGCUCCCACCAACCCCGGGCGGUCCCCACCCUCAUCAGACCUCAGCCCCUGUCCCGGCUCUCCAGAAGAUGUUGCUGCCAAUAAAUUUACUGAUUGUUAAUCUCUGUCUUGAUGUGUGCUUCCUGGGGGACCUGAACUGACACAGCCAUCCAAAAAGGGGAAAUUGUGGAUCCGGAAUGUGCUUUGCCUAGAACUGGGAAGAGAAGCAGCAGUUAAGGUGGAUGAGAAGAUGUCUACAGAUGAGUUAUCAGUGCUACUUCCUUCUUUGUCCAUUUUAUCUCUAAAACAUGAAUUUUAAUUUACUUUAACAUUAGUAUAUGCAAACUUGAAAAAUGAAAUAAGCUAAAAUUAAAGCAUCUAAUUGAGCAAGGCCAUUAGUAAUAUAAAAAAUGACUAUGUAGUCUAGUAAAUUAGUUUUUGUGACUUUAUGCUUCAUUGGGUAGAGAGCACAAUCAAAGCUAUGGAAAAUUUGGCAUGUUGUGUCUUGGAUUUUCACUCUGUUUUAUUAGGCUCAGGCAAUAAGGUUUAGGGAAAUGACUCUCAUAACCAGCUGCCAAAUGAGUUUCAUUGUUGUGCUUUAUUGCCAACAUCCCAAAUCAUCCCUAAAUUCCAGAAGGGAUGAAAAAAAGGUGAUAAAAGGCAAAAUACUGCACAGCAAGGUAGGAAUCCUCUUGUUCCUGCAGGAUUGUCAGGUCAGGCAGACCCUGGUGCAGACAACCAGUGCACUGACAGAAAGCAGUUUUAUUGAUUAAACCAUCCAAUACAGAGACAUUUCUGUGUUGUGUUUAUUGAGUUCUUUGCUCUAUGACCAUGGUUAGUUAGAUUAUGGAGGUGGAGUCCCACCUCCAUAAUCCAUUGUAAGGUCUAAUCAGAUAAAACUGACAUUGCAACGUUUAUUCAUUACCUGGUAGUCAUUUGUUCCACAAAGCAUAUGCAAGAUAUAAAUUUUCAGCCAGAUGUGGUGGCGCAUGCUUGUAAUCCCAGUGCUUGGGGGCUGAAGCAGGAGGACUGCUGAGUUUGAAGCCAGCUUAGGCUACAUAAUGAGUUUCAAGGCCAGCCUGGACUACAUAGUGAAACCCUGUCUAAAAAAAAAGAAAAAAAUUUUUCUCAUGCUCAUUUUUUUUAAAGGAAAAAGUCCUAUUUUCACAAGAUUUUUGUCGUUUUUGUUGUUGUUAUCUACAGAAAGGAACUUUAUUCCUUGGCUUAUGUUUUGUUAAAUUUAAGAUAUAAAAAAUCUGAUCUAUAGUGUUCAAUCUGGAGAAACAGGAGCCUGGCAUUUAAAGACCAACCCACACCUUAUCCCAUAUCCCACAGUGACAUAGUCUUAUUAUACUUUGACAUAGUCUCAUACUUUUUUUUUAAAUAUGGGGGAUUGAACUCAGGACCUGGUGCUUGCCAGGCAUGUGCUGUGCCACUGAGCUGUAUCUACAGCCCCUCAUUAUACUUUAUUGGAAGAAUGAAGUUGCAAAAUUUAGAGUUGUGUUUGGGUCUGAUUUCCAAACCCAUGUUCCUUUUCACCAGUACCUGGCCUUGAUGUUGUUACAACCACAACUUUCUCAGUCCCAUGCACACUUGAGAGGCACAGGUGCUAAUAAGGAAAACAGAAAACUGUUAAGUUUUGUGCAAAGCUGGAGCAUGAGCCCUUUGUUAAUGCUAAAUAAUAGAAAUGAUCCACCAGUGGCAAUGUGCUUAGAAUUUUUUUUUUUUGUCUUUUUCCUUUUUAUCAGUACCAGGGAUCGAACUCAUGACUGCCUGCUUGCAAGGCAGGCGCUUAUGCUGCUGAGCUAAAUCGCCAGCCCCAAUGUGCUUAGAAUUUAUAGAAUCAUGCAGAAUCUCAGACAAUGGGGAAGACUAUUAAGUCAUCAAGUCCAGGGGUUUUGCAACCAUGUCAUAUGUCAGGUACUAGAGCUCCUGGAAGUCAUGGCACUUUUUGCAAGACAUCAAAUUUUUAUUUUUAUUUAUUUAUUUUUUUGGUACUGGAAAUUGAACUCAGGACCUUGCACUUGCCUAGCAGGCUCUGUGCCAUUGAGCUAUAUCCCCUGCCCAACAUCACAGAUUUCUGAUAGCUAGUAUCAGUAUAUAAAUUAACGAUAAUUUGCCUAACAGGUACAGUGUGGUGUAAUGGGAAAAAGGAGGUAAUGAAGUUUCACAGAUCUGACUUUUCCACUCACUAAAUUGUGACCUUGAUAAAUUAGUUUUUUCUAUGCCUCUGAGCUAUCAUAUGGAAAAGAGAAAAAUCCCUGUUGCAGGGGUGUGAAGGAUUUCUUUGAUAAAUAUGUGUAUAUAAUAUGUAAUAUUUGCCCCUUAAUAAAUGAUAGUAACAGAUCCACGGUUCCUUACACAAAAUGCUUGGAGUCCUGUUUGUUUUAGAAUGAGAAUUUUGUUUUUAGUUUUAAAAAUACAACAUGGAUAUAUAAAUAUAAAUAAUUUAUAAUAUAAAUAAUAUAAAUAAUACCCCUCACUGAGUCUGAGGCAGUACCCCAAAAUUUAACACUUUGUUUUGUAGAGUUCGCAUCAAAUGUAUUAAAAAUACUUCAAACCAUUUUGAAAUGAAUUAGGACUUUGGGCUUCUGGAUAAGGGGUUAUAAAUAUGCAUUAUUACUUGAAGAUAAUAUAAUUACCAUGAUUUAGGUUUCCAUAGGUUAAGAUUUUUUUUUUUAUCAGUACCAGGGAUCAAACUCAUGACUGUGCACUUGCAAAGCAGGCGCUUACGCCGCUGAGCUAAAUCCCCAGCCCUCAAGUUUUUUUUUUUUUGAGGUACAGUGAUCAAACUCAGGUACUUGUGCUCUACCAUUAAGCUACGUCCCCAGGCCUCUGUUUUUGUUUUUCAUGAAGGAUGCUGUUGGGGCCUUCUUUUUGUUUAAUUUUUAUUUAUUUAUUUUAUUGGUAUUGGGGAUCAAACUCACAACCAUGCACUUGCAAGGCAGGCACGUAUGCUACUGAGCUAAAUCCCUGACCCUGUUGGGGCCUUCUGAAUGUUUUUUACCAGUUAAUACAGUCAUCCUGCUGCUGCUGCCAGUGUUGGCUAGUAAAAGCACGUGGCUGUCCCAUGGAGUCUUGCCUUUAACCAGACAGGAUCUGUCUCUCUUGAGGGAUAAAGAAGUCAGUAGCUACCUGACAAAGUCUCUUGUCUCAAGGGACUAAUUUUGGGGUGCCAUUCUAUUCUUGUUUCAGAGUUUUACUGUGGGUUAGACUGAAACUGGUUUUGGAAUCCAUGCUUUCUUAGUUUUCUCCACAUGUCAGAUUGGUUCCAAAGGGUUUUUUUUUUUUUUUUAAGACAGAUUUUCACUAAACAGCUCAGACUGACCUUAACUCAUCUCAUUAUGUAGCACAGGCUGGCCUCAAACUUUUGGCAAUCUUCCUGCCUCAGCCUCUUGUCUACUAGAGUUAUAGGCAUGUACCCCCAUAACCAACACUCCUAUUUUUCUUAAGAGUAAAUUGUUCAGUAAAUCACUUAAACCAGAACCCGUAUUUCUGUCUCUACUUCUAGAAAAUCCAACCUAAGACAUUUAGUACUAAGAGUAGUCCUAGAAAGCAGACCCUAAGGAACAAAUUCUGGAGUUGGAUCAUUCAAGGGCUAGACAGCAAUCUGGUGGGUGAAGUGCGAGAAUUCUUGUCAUAUUAGACAUAUUGCAAAUUUUUUUUACUUGUAGUGGGCUGGGGUGGCUUGCAAAUGGAAAGAAAGGAAUGCUCAGUCUACCUGGUGCAAUGUCUUAGGCAUUUGAGAAAUAUAUGGUGAAUAACAACUAUAGCAAUUGUGAAAUUGGGUUAUUAUUAAAGUGUUCAACAUGAUGAAAGAAAAAACAAUGGAGUUCAGGCUAGUAAAUAAUAAUUUAAAGUAAGUGAUACCUCAUUGGUAGCUUUUCUUUUUGUUUUGGUAUUGGGGAUUGAACUCACACUUGCCAGGGAAGUGCUUACGCCACUGAGCUAAAUCCCUGCCCCUUAUUGGUAGCAUUUAAAGAGAUUCUUACCUCACUGAGUCAGUAAACAGACAACUAAUUACUAGACAGAAUUCAAAAGUUGGGAGAUUUUGGAAAAGGCUCAUUUUCUUUUUCUUUUCCUUUUUUUUUUCCUUUUGCUACUGGGGAUCAAACUCACAACCUCGAGGCACUAACAUCACUGAGCUAAAUCCCCAGCCCUAAAAAAGGCUGAAUUCUUAGCCUGUGAGGAGGCAUGACUCUUCAAAAAGUUGGUUCCUAAUAGGGAAGAAGCAGGAUCCUGAGAUUUAAGUUAAGGAUACUGCAUGUAGAUCCAUUUGAGGAACUUGGAUCCCAAAAUUUCUCUGACCCAUCUCGCCUUAUAGAAGUAACUCACUGUCUCAAGUGAGAAGAUGAAUGCCCAUUCCCUCCCCUCUGUUUGUCUUUUUUUUUUUUUUCUAUCAGUACCGGGGAUCGAAAUCGAGACUGCCUGCUUGCAAGGCAGGCGCUUAUGCCGCUGAGCUAAAUCCCCAGCCCCUCCCCUCUGUUUAUAAACAUAUAAUUGCAAUGGCAUACAUAGAAACUGGCAGGACCCUGACAUUAGUUGAUAGACACGUAGACUAAAAGCUACUGUAGUAGUAAGCAAGACCAAGUGGAAGCCCUGGAAAGUACUCUCACAAUGGCCAAGAUAAUAAUGAAAAAAACCUAUCACAUUCUAGAAUUACAAAAUUUAGUUCUUCCCUCAAAACUUCCAAGAAUGCAGAAAUGAUGAUUCCUAUCAUAUUCCCAUACAAUUUACCAGUUUGGUCUUUGGAAAAACUGAUAGAUAUGGCAAAAGACAAAUAACUCUAACCAUAUCUGUUCUGCCAAGCAUGAGAGAAACACAGCUCAGGAACAUCUUAUACAGCCAGUGAGAUGGCAAAUGUGUUCUUUCCCACAUUGAUCUGCAUGAGACACUCACAGAGCAGGCCAAAGCCUGCAUUUGUGAUCUCAGCGUAAGGUUAAUGUUCACAUGUUCUCUAACAUAUAGUCCAAAGGGAUCUGAACUGUUUGGCCAUUUGCAGAACAUCACAUUGGUCCAGAACAUCAAUGCUAUAAAAUUUAUUAAACCUAAUAAGAAGUUAAUGGCAAGUACUCUAAAUCUUUGGUAGGACACAUGGAACUCAGAGUAUGGGACAGAAAUUAAAAAAAAUUAGAAGCCUGCCACAUCAGUGAAAUGGCCCUAAGGGUUUGAUGAUCUGAAGCAUUCCAGGAUAUUCCCUUGGAAGUAAAGAACAUUUACUAUUCCUCUUUGGGUUUUAAAGCUCAUAGAUUUUGCACUUGAGAACACUGUUGUGAUCUAUUGGACAGUGGACUGGUAGUUUGGGGCCCAAAGUAAAAAUGAUGCUGAGGGGCUGGGGAUGUAGCUCAGCGGCAUAAGUACCUGCCAUGCAAGCAGCAAGUUGUGAGUUUGAUCCCCGGUACUGAUAAAAAAGAAAAAGACAAAAAAAAAUUUUUAAAAAAAAAUGAUGCUGAAAGAUCAAGGCUGAGGUCUGAGUAACCCUACUGCUUGGGCUAUAUGACUUGACAGCUUUUAUAACGCUUGAGGUAUCUGGGGUAGAAAGUGACACUACAAAAAUUCUGGCCACCAUCUGGUUUAUUUAUUUAUUUAUUUUUUAUUUUUUUAUUUUUGGCUUUUUCAUUUUUAUCGGUACCAGGGAUCGAACUCACGACUGCCUGCUUUCAAGGCAGGCGCUUAUGCCGCUGAGCUAAAUCCCCAGCCCCUACCAUCUGGUUUAAAUAUUCAGUCAUUCAGCAGGCAUGGUAGUGCAUGCCUGAAAUCCUUGCACUCAGGAGGCUGAGGCAGGAGGAUUGCCAUGAGUUCGAGGUCAGUAUGGAUGACACAGAGACUUCAGGGCCAGCCUGAACUACAAAAAACCAAAUCAAACCAAAACCAGAACCAAACAAAAACAAAAACAAUAGGGCUGGAGAUUUAGCUCAGUGGCCUAAACACCUGCCUGGCAAGCACGAGGUCAUGAGUUCAAUCCCUGGUAACAAAACAAAAACAAAAUCUUCAAAUAAAUAUUUUGUCAUUUCUGAAUUGAUUCAAAAUUUACCAAAUAUGUAUUUAUCAAACACCAGAUAUUGCAGACAAAAUGUAAUAGAUAUUGUAGACAAAAUUAAUAAAACCUAUUCCAUUCCCAAGAAGCUCAUUCUAAUUUUACUCUAUCUGUAUGCUAUUUAAUUCACCUAUUUAUUUCCUCUCCUGACAUUUAUAAGGGUGCAGGUGGUAAGCAGCAGCCAAAAUGGGAGAAAAAUUUGAGAAUAAGUUUAUUAACUAAAAUAUAUUGCAAAUUGGUCCAGACCAUUAUCUAUCAUUUGAAAGGUAUUUUAUUUUGGUACCAGGAAUCGAACUCAGGAUACUGCACUUGCCAGGCAGGUGCUGUGCCAAUGAACUAUAUCCCUGCCCCAUUAUCUAUGAUUUGAAUAGGUUACAUUGAUCAUGUUUUAGUACUAAAAAUUAUACUGCCUACUAGGUAUCAUAUAUUUCAUAUACAUUUAUUUUCUCCCAAUAAUUCUGCAAGUAUUAAUAUCUAUCAUGUUCCAUAAGUUUUUACUAAGGUUUGGGAAGUUAAGUCACGUAAGUAGUAGUAAAGAUCUGCCCAGUGUGCAGCAGCUGCAGGCAGCAACCUCCUCCUAGUGUACACAGCCUGUUGCUUAUAGGGGCUGCCUCAAAGGACCUUGCAGACACUGCUUCUGAUGGAUGUUCGCAUAUCUGACCACCUGCUACCCCCAAUCCAGGCUCCAGACUGGCAUGCAGGAUGCCUUGGAGAAGCCCCAGGGCACAGUGGCAAGGGAUCGCAGUGGACAGGUCAUCAUGUCUAUCUGUACCAAGCUGCAGAACAAAGAGCAUGUGAUCAAUGCCCUGUGCAGGGCCAAGUUCAAGUUUCCUGGGCGCCAGAAGAUCUGUAUCUCCAAGAAGUGGGGCUUCACAAAGUUCAAUGUAGAUGAAUUUGAAGACAUGGAGGCUGAGAAGUGCCUCAUUCCUGAUGGCUACGGGGUGAAAUACACCCCGAAUCCGUGGUUCCCUGGACAAGUGGUGGGCCUUGCACUCCUGAAGGCUUCCACUGCUCCCCCCGCAAUAGCAAGCUGAUCUAUAAAUCUUCUCUGCCUUACUUUUAAAAAAAAUCAAACAGAAUAGAACCAAUAAAAACAAAACAAUUAAUGCAAUAAAGGACUUCAAAACAAGAUAAGAAUAAAUCCAAAAUGGCUACCAUAAUGUAUCUUAUCUUUGGAAUAGCUGCCCACAUCAUUGGAUAUAGUAAAAUCAAACACAGCAAAGCAGAAUAAAACCCAACCCAACAAAACAAUGAAAAUGAUACAGUACUUCAAAACAAAAUCAUAGGGAAUUAACAGUGGCUACCACCUUCAGAAGUAGAUUCCCCACAGACGCUAUACUGCAUAUUGUUAUCCUCUGAAAAGAUGAUCAGACCAGCUUUAGACCUGCAAAGUCAGUGAAACAUCUAAUACUAUAAGCAUUACACUUUUUUUUUUUUUUUAACCUCAGUAGCAAUCACUGAAGCCGUGUUUCUUCCAGAU